AGCCACCUCUGCGAACUGGUUUCCCUUUUCGGAAUGAGAGCAUCAUGGCCGGGGGAUACAGAGGAAAAAUCAGUCUGGGGUGUGCACUGUGCCGCCAGCGACGGGUGCGAUGCGACCGACGUCAGCCCUCUUGUUCACAGUGUCUGCGAGUGAAUCAGGAGUGUUUCGGAUAUCGAAAUCCGGAUACCCUGAGGGUGUAUGAUCAGAGCGCGGAAGUUGCGUCCAAGGCUCAAGCUCGAUAUCGUGCCAGUCGCCAGUUGCCUGCGGAAGCGUCUACGUCCUUGGUCUAUUCACCCGUCUCUGAUGACCAGCGAGCCAUGUUUUAUUGCAUCCCAUACUAUAUUGGCACGGACCAGCAUCGGGGCUUACUGCGCUUCCUGCCCAGCCUGUUGGAGAAGGACCCCUCGCCGGCGUUAAGCGCCUCCGUCAAGGCGGUAGGGCUGUUAGGCAUGGCGAGGAUGUCCCACGGGAAAUAUCGAGCCCGGGAAGCAUAUAGUAUUGCCCUGUGUGCGACUAAUAGUGCCCUAAGAGAUCCGACCACAGCCACAUCGGAUGCCACCCUGGGCGCUGUGCUAUUGCUGAGCUUGUAUGAGCUGAUCACAUCACGACCCUCGGAAAUGGGCCGUGGCUGGAAGGACCAUGCUCAAGGAGCAGCCAAACUCCUGGAACUGCGAGGGGAAGAGCAAUUGAACUCGCCGGUUGGACUAGAGUUAUUCACCAUUGUGCGCUUUCAGAAUGUAAUCAGCAGUGUCUUCUUCCGACUGGGGUCUCGGAUUCACAAUUCCCCCACGAUAGCAGCGUUGUCGCAAGUUGCCAGAUCGAAACGAGAUGAACAUGUCCGGCCCAUCGAAACCCUCUACAACAUGCUCAUCGAGCUGAACGAUAUCGCCAUCGCAGUGGAUGCGGCACACCUCCAAAAUGACCUCGAGACGCAACAGUGGUUGAUUGAGCGAUGCCUGCUCCUGGAUGCGCGUCUCCAGGCGUGGACGACCUGGCUGAGUCCCGCGUGGUCGUACAAAGUCAUCGAUGACCCGCGGGCCCAUUUGCCCAAAUGCACCUAUCCUCCGAUCUACCAUAACCGAUAUCAUAUAUACUCCGGUGUCUCCAUCGCCACCAUGUGGAAUAACUAUCGCCAGACGCGCAUCGUCCUCAACGAGAUGAUCCGGCUGAUGGCCCUGCGCCGGUGGAGGCUCCAAGAUCUGCCACAGUAUCAGCCGAUCGUCGCUCAGGCUGCGGGCAUUAUCGAGCACAUGGCCGGGGAGAUUUGUGACAGUAUUCCAUAUUACUUCAUCUCCGGCGAAGUCGGCUUUGGCAGCCUCUACCGGGUGCUGUGGCCGCUCUUCAUUGCCGGCCGAUGCGCCGCCGCAGCAUCCCCGGCCAAAGCAUGGGCCACGCAGAUUCUCGACCUCAUUGGGAACAUGACGGGGAUUCAGCAGGCCAUCGGCAUGGCGCAGCUACUCAAGCAGGGGAAACCCGCUAGCGUGAUUCCCGGAGGGGAUCUAGUGACCGAGUCUAUCUUUCACAGGCAGCCCGGUUGUCAAGGCAGUGACUGAACUUGUCCGAAAUGGGUCCACUCAAUAAAUAAUGAAUAUG